UCGGAAUUCGAGGACGAAACCUAUUCACGCUCUAAUUCUUCUGUUGAUUGUGGGUACUAUGGUAUCACCAAAGAAGAAUGUGAGGCAAGGUUUUGUUAUUGGAAACCUUCAGAAGACCCGGGAGCAAAGUGGUGCAUGUUUAAAAAAGAUAAAGAAUAUACUUGUGCCGUAGAUCCAGCAACAAGAAUAGAUUGCGGUUAUUUUGGAAUACAAGAGAAAGAGUGUGUAGAGAAAAAUUGCUGUUGGAAUCCAAGGGAUGACGUUGUUGGUGCAAAUUAUUGUUAUUUUAGGAAAGUGCCAUGUAGUGGAUAUAAGGUUGUUGGAUCAUGGAAAAACGAUAGACGUUUAAUUGUGGACUUAAAAUUGAUCGACGAUGGAUGUAAUAAUUAUGGAUCAGAUCCGAAAUUGCUAAAAUUUCUUGUCGAGUAUCAAACUAUCGAUCGAUUGCACGUGAAAAUUUUCGAUCCUGAGAGGUCAAGAUAUGAGAUACCAGAAGACAUAGUGCCAAUUCCACCUUCGGAACAGAUAGAUAGUGAUCCUCUUUACUUAUUUUCCUACAAGGAAAACCCAUUCACGUUUUCUGUAACACGUCGUUCGACAGGAGAACAAAUCAUAAACACAAAUGUGCCAGGAAUGGAUUCCCUUACAUUCGAAGAGCAAUACAUGGAACUUUCAUUUCAGUUGCCUCCUGAUCCAUAUAUAUAUGGUCUUGGCGAGAUCGUUCAAACACUCAGAAGAAAUCCACGAAGUACUUUCCAAACUCUCUGGAGUAGGGAUGCGGCAACACCUUUCGCCGAAAAUGUGUACGGUGUUCAUCCAUUUUAUAUUGAAAUACGAAAUGGUACCGCUCAUGGAGUGUUUCUACGAAACUCCAAUGGUAUGGAUGUGUCUAUUACCCCGUUGAAACUAAAUUGGAAAGUUAUUGGUGGUGUGUUCGAUUUUUACUUCUUUCUUGGACCGACACCCGAAGAUGUGAUUGCUCAAUAUACGAAGGUUGUAGGAAGGCCCGCUCUUCCACCAUAUUGGGCUUUGGGUUAUCAUCAAUCUCGUUGGGGAUACAAUAAUUUAACCGUGCUUUCCAAUGUAGUGGAAAAUUUUAGGAGAAACAAAAUCCCACUGGAAACCAUAUGGACAGAUCUAGAUUACAUGGAUGGAUUUAAAGAUUUUACUUGGCACCCUACCAAUUAUCCGCGAAACGAAGUCGCAAAAUUUACUAAGAAAUUGCAUGAAAACAACCAACAUUACGUCGUUAUUGUUGAUCCAGCUAUAAAAAUUGAAGCCAAAUAUAUGGCAUAUGAAGAAGGAGUAAAAAGAGGUAUAUUUAUUAAGAACACGGAGGGAGAAGAUAUUGUGGGUAAAAGUUGGCCUG